AUGGACUCCCAAAAUGUUGGACAGUCUCCUUCUGAUUUUCCUGCGCGGAAGCGAAAGCGCACAGCAUGUCGGACAUGUAGGGAUCGCCGCGUCAAAUGCGACAACGGCCGGCCCUCAUGCCAGUCAUGCUCCACCUUGAAACUAGUUUGCGUAUACCCCGACGACAGCUCCGCUGCAGAUGCCAAAUAUGACCCUGGCUCUGUGGAGAUUCUCCAUCAGUUACAGGGGAUCCGAGCCGUUCUCGACCGUGUAGUCCAAACACAGAUCACCUCUUCUACACACUACUCAGCUACCAGAUCGACCACUGGAUCAAACUUGAGUCAUUCAAACUCAGAUGCUUUCAGCCCGGGUAAUGAGCACCGCGGAAAUUUGCGUGACAGGAUUGGUCAUUCGCCAUCAUAUAGCCCCCGCAUCGGUGUUGAAGGACUCCUUUUCUGGCCCAAAGUCAGAGAAUUCCUCGGAGAGCCAGUCGUGGAGAGGUCAUUUGUGCUCGAGUUUACUUCGGAUACAGCGAAGGGUCCCGCGCCAGAACGAUUGUCUUCCCAGUAUGGAAUUCGCGAAGACGACUUUCUUCCACUGUGCCGGAAUUUCCUAGACUAUGUGCAUGUGCGCAACCCUAUACUUGAGCCGAAUGACCUUGAAAAGUAUGCCAAACAAUUGGCAGAAACUGGGUUGAAAUGGGACACCAAGACUUGUCUUGUGCUUCUGGCAUGUGCGCUUGGAUGUUUGGCUUCUGAAUAUCCUUUCGGAGAAACUUGCGAACUGGAUGAAAGUGCAAUAAGAGAUGAUGCAUCCUACGCCCGGGCAGAAGCAUACUACGAAACAGCACGCAAGCGUUUCGGCUAUCUAGGUACAACACUGCUGGACAUCCAGUGUCUUUAUCUAGCAGGAAUAUACGAGAAGCAUACGCUACGCGUUCUCCAAGCCUGGUUCUGGACUGAACAGGCCUGCUCUCGGCUGCAUGCAUAUCUGCUUUGCCAACGAAGACCGACAGGACUGAAUGAACAGAAUGAACACCGUCUUGAACAACGCCUAUAUUGGUCCUGCGUUAAAGCUGAAAGCGAGUUCUUGAAUGAAAUUCCCUUAACUCGAAGUGCUCUUAUAUCGCUUGAUUACCCCGACCCGUUCCCCUCGCCCCCAACAUUGCCAUGCAGUGAAUCCCCCAACAUCAAUAGCCGGGAUAUAUCGUUCAACAAAUGCCAAGAGCAAAGUUGGUUGUAUUACCUAGCAGAAAUUGCAUUGCGAAGAACACUGGACCGUGCAUUGCCACUCAUAUAUCUACCAGAAGGUCCAACGGUAUGGAUGGACAACAUACGCCAUAUUCUCCAACAAUCCUUGCAGAUCGAAGAGGAAUUGACUGCAUGGUAUAACCACCUACCCCCCGCAAUACGGCCGUCCGUAGACCCAGAAAUCUUGGCAAGUAAUCAACUGUCUUUCUUUGUGCAAGGCCGGUUCCUGGGUGGUAGAGAGGCGAUCCUUCGGCCGUUCCUUUAUUACGUUUUGCACCACAAUAGCGGCUCUGUGAGUCAACCAGUUCUCUCACGUGCUAAUGAAUAUGUGCAUCUGGCAAGAGGUUUGAUUAUCCACCUCCGAAAGCACAAACGGCACGGCGGUAUCUGGUAUGCGCUCCGCGGGAUCUGGUCGAUGGCUAUGAUUAUCUUAGCGGUUGUGCAUGUGCAAAUUGACGGUCUAUCUUCGCCAGCCGAUUGGCCGGGGCUGGUGAAGGUUUCCUUGCAAAUGUUGCGUGCUUGGAGCUUUGAAGCGGCGGAUGUUCGGCAGAUGUAUGAUACUUUGGUUCGUGCAUAUCAGAUUGUCUGUCUCGAGGUUGGGGAAUCCGCGGAGCUCGCGGAGUGA